AAAAAACCCUAAAAAGUGUCAGCUGUUCAAAAUAGACAACGAUAUAGAUCUUUGGGAGUAAACUCCCACCAUACCGGACCUCAAUCCAAGCCAAAGCUCGAAAAAUAGGAGAGAACAACUGGUGGCAAACUGGGACAAUCUUGGAUUGGGAUGAUGGCAAAGUGCCGGGACACUCUCCACAACCCCAGUGCUUUCUGGACCCACGAGAGGGCCGGGGCAACCCACUGAGCCAUGGAACAUGGCCGAAGCUUCUCCCGAAUGCUGUCGUCACUGUCAAUCGCCGUGGGAACCUGCUAUGUCCCAAGGACCGAAGUGGGCAGGAGGUGAUCGGGCCGAGAUCGUAUUGGUAGCAUGGUGUGGGUUCCAGGCACUGAACCCACAUUAUCCGGGUCAAAGGGGCGAGCACGGUUGGUAUUGUCAACAUGGGGGGGUGGCUCCUGAGACCCUCUUCACCAUCGAUCCCAAUAAAAUGCCCAGUAUCAUAUCGGUCUCUCCGAGUGUGAGCAUCAGAUCGCGUCUGAGCACCGCCCCGUUAUUCAAAUCAGUACGGAUACAGACCGGCUAUACACUAUCACCACACCGGAAGUUAUCUAAGGUCUUUCAGACAAGUCUCGCAGGAGGCGAGCUUUGCGUAGCAGCGUCGAGAGCUCCUAGAACAGAGUUUCAGCAUCACGGAGCUUUGACUGGGGUUGACAGGAAGUUAUACACAUAUUAUUCGUAAUUGAGUGGUAGAUAUAGAUGGAGGUAUACCUGAUAAGGAAGUUCCCAGCAGCUAAGAAGGUAAGUUGAUUGUAUGCUACAGUGAGGGGUCUGUACAACCCCUCCCACCAAAGACCCACGUGAUCUUCGGCCGAGAUCUUGUCAGCUGAAUUUAACUGCCACGCAUACAACACUAUUUCCAC